GGAGUAUUUAUUUAUAGGGUGCAAUUUGCCAUUCCUCGUGUCAUUUAAUCUGCAGGUUGCUCUGAGCAGGGUAGGGAUUUCAAGAUGGAGGCGAAGGCAGGCACGGACGACCGAUUCUACACGCCUCGCAGCUCUGCUCGACGAGGGUAUUCCAGUACAGGUUCUGAAGACGAGCGCUUCGUGUCACCCCGAGGAAGCGCACGCUCCGUCUCAUCUGGUGAAAGUGAAUAUGUUACACCUCGAGAGAUCGCACCUGUCAUUCCCCCGGCGCCUCGUACAUCAAGUGUGAGCGCUCGUUCCGCCUCGUCCGAUGAUAGUGACUAUGUUACACCUCGAGAGAUCGCGCCUAUCAUUCCCCACGCGUCUCGAGCAUCAUGUGUUAAUAAUCCAGCAAUGAAUUCGCCUGCAGCAUCGUACAAGGAUGCUGCUUUCCGUGCCAGCAGUAAACGAUUACCAGUAACUGAGCCUGCGUACGACUCGUUCGACUACAAACAGCACCGCAGUGGAAACACGUCGGAAUUACGUGACGCUGCUCCUCCAGCAGAUGACUAUGAUCUCUUCUCGGCUGCACGCCACAACCACUACGACUCUGUUAUCUACAUGCUAGACCAGGGUGUACCUGUGAAUUCGAGGGACGCGUUCGGUAACACUUUGCUGACCAUAGCGUGUCAGAACGGACUCAAACGAAUCACCAAGCUCGCGUUGCGCCGAGGCGCCAACAUCAACAGCCAGAAUAAUCGAGGGAAUACAGCUCUGCACUUCUGCUUUGCAUACGGCUAUGGAGACUCACUCGGGGCCUAUCUGAUCUCCAAGGGCGCCGACACUACCAUAGAGAACGACGACGGUAUGGUUUGUUACUAUGGAAUUACACAGACCUCCGCCCGCAAGUAAAAAAAUAUUAUGAUAUCGUAAGCAAAAACUAUCGGAAA